ACUCUGCGCAGGAGGAAGAUCACAUCUCCAGCCUUCAGACUGAGCUCCAGGCGCCCGCUGCCACUGAAGUCAAACACCACCUAACAUACACGCACACGCAGAAAAGGGCACACAAGCCAGAAACACACACACACAUACACACCAACGGGGAAAAAGAGAACGGAUCCUGAGUAAAACCAAACUGCAGCUGUCAAGAUGGCCAUGAAAGACCUUUUGAAAGAUGACAAUAUCAAAAAAGCCCUUGAUCAAUUCAAAGCCGAGGACAGUUUCGACCAUAAAAAGUUCUUUGAUGUGGUUGGACUGAAGGCUCUGUCUGCUGACGGUGUGAAGAUGGUCUUCCAAGCUCUCGACGUGGACGCCAGCGGCUUCAUUGAGGAGGAGGAGCUAAAGUUUGUGCUGAAGGGUUUUUCUGCAGAUGGCAGAGAUCUUACCGAUAAGGAGACUAAAGCAUUCCUCGUUGCCGCCGACAAGGAUGGAGACGGGAAAAUUGGCAUAGAUGAAUUUGAGGCUUUGGUGCACGAAUAAAAGGUCAAUAUUUGGCAACACAUCACGCCACAACUCUCCUGUGAAUACCUACAGCCAGUUGUAGUGUAUGUCUCUACACAUCAUGCCACGAGCCAGGAGCUGAAUCCGCCUCCCUUAAUCACAUUUAUUUAUUAAAAUUUUCUUUUUUAUAUACAAACUCUGUACAUGUAAACCGAUUUAGUUCUCUCAUAAAAGGCGUUAGAUUCCUGCACUGCUUUGACCUUCCACCUUUUAUUUUUGGUUCAUUUUGGCUGUUUCUCUUUCUGUUUAUUCCUCAAAAAGCUUCUUCUUUGUUCUCCUUGUCAUCUGUCCUACAGUACCAUCCCUGUUUUGCUCCUCUCUUGUGAUAGAGUCACUGAGCAUGGUGAAUUCCAGAAGAGAAUGAUGAGAUGAAAUGAGAGAAUAAAAUAUUUAAGAGAGAAAUCAAAUAAAGCCAUGUGUUGAGAAAAA